CCCUUGGAAUACUAGAGAAGAAACGCAUUCACUUUUGUUGUGUCAGUUGGGUGAAAGCGGUAACGUUACGGAGGAAAAUGUUGUCAAAAGCUGUCAAAGCGUGUUAUUCUGGUGUGAAAAAUGUAUGUCGAGGUGGACAGGUACUUUCUUCUGCAAAUGCCAGAAUGCAGCACAGCCAGCCCCAGGAAGGGAAAGCUCCCCCGUCCAAUCGGCCGGAGACGUCCAGCGCCAAGACUCUGAUGGACAUUGGCACCCGCAGAAUCUUCAACGAGGAUCAUGACAUGUUCAGGGAGAGUGUCCGACGUUUCUGGACAGAGGAGGUGGUGCCCUACCACAAGGAAUGGGAGAAGGCAGGUAUGGUGAGCAGGGAGCUGUGGCAGAAGGCUGGGGAGCAGGGUCUGUUGGGCAUCCUCACUCCAGAGGAGCACGGUGGGAUCGGAGGUGAUCUGCUGUCUGCAGCUGUGAUGUGGGAGGAGCAGAUGUACUCUAACUGCACUGGCCCAGGCUUUGCCCUCCACUCUGAGAUCUGCAUGCCCUACAUCAGUAACUAUGGCUCCAAGGAACAGAUCGAUCGCUUCAUACCCCAGAUGGCUGCUGGGACCUGCAUCGGGGCUAUCGCCAUGACGGAGCCAGGAGCUGGCAGUGACCUCCAAGGUGUCAGGACGUACGCUAAGAAGGAUGGCGAUGACUGGAUCCUCAAUGGCAACAAGGUGUUCAUCACCAACGGCUGUAUGGCCGACAUGGUGAUCGUGGUGACCGUAACGAACCGCGAGGCGAAAACAGCGGCCCACGGGAUCAGCCUCUUCCUGGUGGAGAAAGGGAUGCCGGGCUUCCAGGCGGGCAAGAAGCUGGAGAAGAUUGGCCUGAUGGCACAGGACACGGCUGAGCUGUUCUUUGAGGACGUGCGUCUCCCUGCUUCUGCCCUGCUGGGACAGGCCAACAAGGGCUUCUACUACCUGAUGAACGAGCUGCCACAGGAGCGCCUGCUGAUUGCAGACAUGGCCAUCGCCAGCAGUGAGUUCAUGUUUGAGGAGACCAGGAACUAUGUGACUCAGAGGAAGGCUUUCGGCAAGACCAUCGCUCACCUUCAGACUGUGCAGCACAAGCUGGCAGAGCUGAAGACUGAGAUCUGUGUGGGCCGUUCCUUUUUAGACAACUGUCUGCAGCUCCACACAGAGAAACGCCUGGACUCUCAAACAGCCUCUAUGGCCAAGUACUGGGCGUCUGACCUCCAGAACUCUGUGGCCACCCGGUGUCUGCAGCUCCACGGAGGUUGGGGCUACAUGUGGGAGUACCCCAUCGCCAAGGCGUUUGUGGAUUCCCGUGUCCAGCCCAUCUAUGGAGGCACCAAUGAGAUCAUGAAGGAGCUGAUCGCCCGCAGUAUCGUCAGCCAGAAGUGAGGGAGACGUCCCAGUGACAUCACCAUGGAGGAGAGCUGGGAAGGGGUUAACAUAAGUCUCUUAACACCAACAGCAGUUUUGACUGGGUUAGCUACUGAGCUGGUUGUCUGUGCCUUUUGAAGUGAUUGUCAUGUUCACUGAAGGUAGGCCAGUGGUAUUUCUGGGGUGAAUCUGAACUUCCACUUAAGUCAAAUGUUCACUUAGUCUCCCAUAGACGUCAGUGCAUUUUUUUUAUUUUUUUAUUUUACCGUUAUUUUACCAGGUAAGUUGACUGAGAACACGUUCUCAUUUGCAGCAACGACCUGGGGAAUAGUUACAGGGGAGAGGAGGGGGAUGAAUGAGCCAAUUGUAAACUGGGGAUUAUUAGGUGACCAUGAUGGUUUGAGGGCCAGAUUUGGGAAUCUCAGCAUGACUGAGAGACAUUUUAUUUAAGUGGAACUUUUGAUUCACUCCUCUUUGAAUAAGCAUGGAGUGAAAUAAUAGAUAUUCCGUGUAAUAUUGCUGGGAAUAUGUGGUUUAACACUCUAGAUGUAGGGUUUAUUCUUUUCCUUUGGGCUUCUACAAAGUCAAUAAUAUGUUCUGAAAUCCGUCCAUCCUUUCACACUUGAAAUCUAAGAAGUUAGAAACAUUGAUCAAAUAAAUGCACAGAGUUAAGUUGUAUAUUUUUCUAAUACCACCUUUGUGUUUGUGUCCUGCUGUGUUUUAUGGGGGUAGAAAAGUAAAUGGUAUAGUCAUGUACGUUAGAAUGAACAUUAUUUUAUCAUUUGUUCGCAGCUCUGAACCGGAAGUGCCCUUGCAUUCUUCUCCUGAUACCUAUUAAUGUUCAGCAUUAAAGGGGGAUAGCUAGUCAGUUGUACAACUGAAUGCCAUCAACUGAAAUGUCUUCUGCAUUUAACCCAACCCCUCUGAUACAGAGAGGUGCAGGGGGCUGACUUAACACCACAACAAGCUGUGAAUUUAGAACAUUGCACUAUUGUUGAACAUUUUAAACGCCACGUUUUUAAUGUUGAUUGUAAUGUAAUAAUAUUGCUUGUUUAUUAAAGUUAUACCAUUUUGGUGAUCCCUCUUACAAUUUUAA